UAUGACUGGACCAUUUUGUGUGCGCGCGCCAGAUCAUUGUGUACUGUGCUUGAUGUUCUAGAUGCCACAGCUGCUAAUGUGGUCACCUCUUUUGUUCAGCUUCCAACAUGGAUAAAUAUAUUUUUGACCUUUUUCCCCUCCAUGUUCAUUUAGCAGAGGUGAAUAUGUCGGUCUUGCACGUUCAUCACUGUUCUCUCUGUGCCUUUUAUUUCAUUGCACAAGUUCCUGUCAUCUCUAUCAUGACUGUUCUAUCAGUUAAAGGCAGUUAAAUCAAGCACUCCAGACACACUGGAGUUUUAAUGUUAACGUUUUUACUGUGCAACAGCACAAUUCUCUCUGACAUGCUCAACUUGUCUUCUACUGCACUUUCAUGUCUGGAUAUAUCAGUCUAUCAAACUACUUUCCCUUAAAUUAAAGACCCAUUUUAUCAAAAAAAAAAAAAACAACCCUCAUUAUUCCUAACAGAUGUUUCCUGUAUUCUUAUUCGAUUUACAAAUUACAAGUCCAGUGUCUUGGGUGUACUCCUGAGUCUCCCAGGAUACCUUCAGGUCUGGACCACUGGGAACCCAAGAGUGAUGGUGUAUUUGGCAGACGGCAGAGUAACAGCCUUGAGUUUCUCAGGUUGGGUGAAUGACUUCGUCCUCUGUGGUAACGCUGCUGACCAUUCGACAUUUUCCUCUCGUUUUCCAGAUUUGAAUUCUCACUUUCAAAUCUAAACUGUCUUUUCCCCUUAUUUGCUCAUUUUGAUGUUGAGAGACAAUUUACAGGCUGCAUUUUGUGACUUCUUUCCAAAGAUUUCCUGAGAAUUUUUCAACACCAUUUCCAUUGAUCACAUACUUGUGUAAAUGUCAGGUCUUUUUCCAUCAACAGUUUGCGCUGUAUAGAUGACUUGCAACCACGUGAUCAAAAUACGCUACGUCCGCCAUGAUGGUGGAUAUACAAAGCAACUAGGAUGGCAGCCGCUGAAAGCGUGUCUGUAAACAAUGCUGAAUUUUCUCAGUAUUACCACGAUUUGAACAGUCGAGCGAAGAUUCGAUAUGAAGGGAAGAUAGAUAUGUGUGGUUUUGACCCAUAUUAUUUUAAAAAGUCAGACUUUUCUGAAGAUAAGAUGCUUCUACCGACCAUCAAGUACCCGGAUAUCGCGUUCUAUCUGAUUUGGCUGCUGAAGAAUCAAGUCCGACCUUGGACAAAACAUAGUCCGUUUUCUGAGUGGGUGCCCAGUCUGGAUCGUUUCUUUUGUAUAAUUUUGCUGUUGCUCCGAGAAGUUAAAUGGUAAUACACGUGUUAAAAUUAUAACAACGACCGAGUGAACCACGACAAGAGAACGCUCAUUUUAUAGCAAAAUUCUAGCAACACGAAAUAAAAUUACUCCAUGAUAUUAUUGAGAGCGCUUUUGAAUCUCACCUGAGAUAAAAUGAUUACUGCAAACACGAGCUGUUUUGGUUUUAGCCUCUGUUAGAUCAGCCCUGCCGAUGUUGUUCAGCCGCGCUCGUCUCCUCUCUGUACUAAACCUCAGAGUUUCCUCGCCCUCUUUACCAAUCACGGGCGGAAUUCUAAAAAAUCGGAACGUGCCACGGUCACGAGUAGGGCUGGGCACCGAAAUUCGGUUCCUUCAUGGCACCGACUGAAAUGUUACGGUUCUUCUGGGUAUUGAAACAUGCCUCGCCUUUUGGUUCCACGUUUCGGUUCCCAGAGGUUAAUCACGUGUAAAGUGGAGUGGGCUCUGAUCCGUGCUGGCGUGCUUAUGACCCGAUAAUGCCACCUGUGAUUGGCUGAAACAUUCGCGUGCAUGAAAAAGCAUGUUUCCCAUGUUGUAGGGGGCACUACUUUGUUGCGUCGUCAAUGCCUACAAAAUGCCGAAGUCGAAAGCUUGGUUAUAUUUUAGCAAGAGCGAUAACAAUACUGCGCGGUGCAAUAUAUGCGACAAGAGCAUCACCUGCAAGUCAGGCAACACUUCAAAUUUCCUAAAGCAUUUGACGGUGCAUGGAAUAAAUCUGAGAGCGGAGAGUUGCACCGUCUUCUCUCACACACCAACUUAUGCACCUUCGCCACCCCCGACUUCUCUGCAGGAUGUUUUACCACCAGACUCGGAUUCAUCUGAAAGUACCGAGCACAGCGUCGUGUCUGAUAUUUCAUCUGCCUCUGCCCAGGUCCCUGUGAGGAGGAAAAGGCUGGCAGCUACCGUAAAUCCAUUCACACUAGCAGAAAAGGCCAAAAUGACCAAAGAAAAACAAGCCGAGUGCCACAGGGCAGUGACACAGUUUGUGGUGAAAGGUUUGCUGCCUUUUUCUACAAUGGAGACUCCGUGGUUUAGGGAGAUAAGAACCCUUAACCCCAGGUAUCAGCCCCCCAGCAGAGACAUGCUGGCAAACACAUGCAUACCUGCCUGGUACGCAGCCGAGAAGGAAAGGGUCAAGACAGAAUUGAAAGACGUCAGGGAUGUGGCUGUAACUGCGGAUGAGUGGUUCUGAGAAGGCUGAUAUGUUAAUUUUCUUGAAGAAAAACUGUUGAUUACAUUGGCAUGUGUGUGUGUGUGUAUGGUGUGAAUAUGAUAGUGUGUUGGUGUUCUUUUUGCAC